CACCUCUGAAACCACCCAACCAUCUUCCUCCCCUUUGGAGCCUGAUCGACGAACUCCGGUAAUGGCGCAAGCGCUGGUCGUCGUCGUCUCCGGCCGGCGACGAUGGCGGCUGCACGGGCGCACGUGGAGAGGCUCCGGCGGGAGCGGUACUACAUCGGGCGCGGCGGGCAGAACCCGCUGGCGGAGAACAUGCACCAGGCGGAGAACUACCUGAGCCAGGAGCUCUACUCCAAGGACGUCCACUUCCUCAUGGAGCUCGUCCAGAACGCUGAAGACAAUGAGUACCCUGAUGGAGUAGCACCGUCAUUGGAGUUUCUAGUAACAUCAACUGACAUCACUGGAUCUGGUGCAUCGUCAACUUUACUCAUUUUCAACAACGAGAAGGGCUUCUCUCCAUCGAAUAUUCAGUCUAUUUGUGGCGUGGGAAAAUCAACGAAAAAAGGAAACAGGGACAAGGGUUACAUUGGAGAGAAAGGUGAAUCUUUGCAGCUCAUGAAUCCUUUUGUGUUCACUCGGCCAAUUUGAAGCAUUUUACCUUUUAAUGUUAGAACUUCAAUUUUGUUAGCGCGUCACCGGUUGGAACUUUCCCUGUCAAACGUUAUGGUAGCUGCUAUAUAUCAAAUGACAUAUAAGAUGGGCACAAUUCUAUUUAGCACUUAAUCUAGUGCUU